AUGGCUGGGUCUCUCCUGGUCCUUGAGCAGCGUUACCCUUCAUGGUCUAUCCACCAUGCUGCACCUACUUCUCAGCGGGACUCUGCAGAUGUCAAGGUGAGAAACGUGGCCAUGGGGAGAGAGCUCUCCUUUGUCAACCUACAAAGGGGUCUGCGGAAAGAAGAAGCACCAACCGGUCCAAGGAGAAGCACCAACCGGUCCAAGGAGAAGCACCAACUGGUCCAAGGAGAAGCACCAACUGGUCCAAGGAGAAGCACCAACUGGUCCAAGGAGAAGCACCAACUGGUCCAAGGAGAAGCACCAACUGGUCCAAGGAGAAGCACCAACUGGUCCAAGGAGAAGCACCAACUGGUCCAAGGAGAAGCACCAACCGGUCCAAGGAGAAGCACCAACUGGUCCAAGGAGAAGCACCAACUGGUCCAAGGAGAAGCACCAACUGGUCCAAGGAGAAGCACCAACUGGUCCAAGGAGAAGCACCAACUGGUCCAAGGAGAAGCACCAACCGGUCCAAGGAGAAGCACCAACUGGUCCAAGGAGAAGCACCAACUGGUCCAAGGAGAAGCACCAACUGGUCCAAGGAGAAGCACCAACUGGUCCAAGGCAAAGGUGGAGGAAGACAGUCGCAGCAAGACGGUUGGCAGAACUCUGGGCUGA